AUGCGUAGCAUACAAACUGAUCAGCAGCCCAUGUUGCCGGUGCCACACGCCACAACUCCCUUUUGGCGUACAGACCUUGACGAGCUAGACGGCCACCGCUCAACGGCAGAUCUGCCGGCGGAAUGCGAUAUAUUGAUCAUCGGCAGCGGGUAUGCUGGUAUUGCGGCCUCGUAUCACCUUCUUGUCGGUGAAGAGUCCAAGGCGUUCGCGGGGAAAAAGGUCGUGUUACUAGAGGCGCGUCAAGCGUGCUCUGGUGCUACGGGUAGAAAUGGUGGUCAUGUCCGUCCUUCGGUUUACUCUCGUCUUCCGCGUUACAUUGAGGAAUAUGGACUUGAAGCAGCUGAGCAAUUUGCUCAAUUUGAGCUCGAUCACGUGAAUGCUUUUGCGGAUUUGGUGAAGAGAGAGGGCAUUGAGUGUGACUUUGAAUUUACGAGGUCAUUUGAUAUCUACACGGAUCCAGAGCAAGCUGCUGUAGCCAAGGCUAAUUACCUCAAGCUCAAGGAGGCUGGUGUAGCAAAGUCCACCAUAGAUGACCUCGAGUGGACAGAUGCAGACCGUGCUGAAGAAGUAUCAGGAGUAAGAGGCUGCGUAGGCUGCUUUACAUUCACGGCCGCCUCCGUCUGGCCCUAUAAACUCUUCCUCUCCCUCCUUAAGCUCACCAUCCAGAAAGGUCUAAACCUGCAAACCCACACCCCUGUCACAUCUAUAUGCCCAACCGCUUCUCCCUCCGGAUUAUGGACAGCAGGUACUCCUAGAGGUCCCAUAUCUGCAAAACAAAUCAUCUUCGCAACAAAUGGAUACACUGCCUUCCUACUCCCUGAAUAUGCCGGCAAAAUCGUUCCAUGUCGCGGAAUAUGCAGUCGCAUUACCUGUCCACCAUCUUCGCACCCCCCAAAAAUAGAUAAAACAUACGGUCUGCGCCUCCCCAAAGGAUCGUACGAUUACCUCAUCCCCAGGAAAGACGGUAGUAUUGUAGUAGGCGGCGCGCGCAGCGCAUUCUUCUCUGAUCCCUCGGAAUGGUACAACACCGUUGACGACUCUACGCUCAUCGGUUCCGCAGCACAUUACUUUGACAACUACAUGCAAGAGCACUUUAUAGGUUGGGAGGAUAGCGGUGCGAAGGUGGAGCAGAUUUGGACGGGGAUUAUGGGCUAUAAUGCUGAUGGGUUGCCGAGUGUGGGGGAGGUACCUGGACGGGAGGGAUGUUUUGUGCGGCGGGGUUUGAGGGGCAUGGGAUGCCGGGGGUUGUGGGGGAUGUUGGGAGGAGAGGCGUUUGAGGAGACGGAUGUGCCAGGGAUGUUUAAAACGACGAGGGAGAGAUUGGAGAGUGAGAGGGAUGAUUUGAGGGGGAAAUAA